AUAUUUUUUUUGUCAUCUAAUUGUCACAUAUAUGUUAACUAUAUUAGCUAAUUCCGUAGCUUUUAUUUAAGAAAAUAAUUGAGAAUAUUAUUUUGUACACUACUAAUCAAUAUGAUAGUUAGUUUAAAAAAUAUAAUAUAUAUUUAUAUGGAUCAACUUAUUUUUUUAAGGAUUCUAAGAAUCAUCUUAGUGAUAAUACAUGGUGACGAAAAUAUAUUGUAAUGCUCUAGGAUUAAUAUAUAGGAGAUAAGAAGAUAAAAUUAAAGAUGUUUCCUUAAUCCGGAUACUUAACAAAUGAUUAUGGUGACUUGUGCUCUAGACCGGAUUUGAGCUCGAGUGGAGACCAUCUCCUAUAAUCUGUACAAUCAAUCAAAGGACUACACAUUUACACUGACUUAGAUUUUUUUUUUUUUAAUGUUUUGAGUACAAUAAACAAACUAAGAUGAAAUAAGAAGACUUCAAUCUAACAAAAAAAACUCAAACUUUCUUCGCAAUUCUCUUGGAUUCUCUCUCAUUUAUAAUGUUUAUAAGUUAUUUAUUCUCCUUCAUAAAUAAUUUAUAGAUUUUACAUAAAGUAUAAGGUUAUUAUGUAUGUGUAAUAGAUUCGUAUAAACUUUUAUAAAUAAUAUAUAAAACCUUAUGAAUUAUACUAUAUCGAUCAUCGAUCAUUGUGUUAUAUGGCAACCAUCAAGUAUUUAAAGACUUAGACUAACUUUUUGGUGUUUUUUUGAUGUCUUGUAAAAACCAGUUUUUGACUAUGUUUAACAUUCCACUCUUGGUGCACACAGAAUAGUCGGUUGACUUCGGUCGUCGUACAUUGUGAUUAAUUUACAAAAAAAAAUUCACAAAUUUUAACGAGUUAGCUACUUUAAUUUUUCCAAAUUUUACAUGAAAACACUAUUCUUUACCGAAAUAAGAGCUAAAGGGAAUAAUUCAAAAUAUUAUUUUAGUAAAUAUUAGUGAGGAUGACCCAAUCGCAACAAUACAAUAAUUGUUAAUUAAAUAAAAACCACUACUGUUAUAUUAUAAUAUUUUCAUUAUUUAAAAUUAUCAGCUCAAUGGCCAUUAAGUUUUUUAUUUCUUAAUAUAUAUCACAUUGUUGAAUAAAUAUACUUUUUACUUCCAAAAUAUAUUUUCCUUAUUUUAAUUCUAAAUGAUCAAGCCUAUAAUUUUUUUUGAACACAAACUUACUGAAUUAUAUGAUUAAGACAAUUAUACUGAAUUAAAGACGACGCAUGAUAUAAUUUGGUAUAUCUGAAUUAAAUUACAAAACUUCUAAACUGGUUAAAAUGUUACACUACUAUACCUAAUUUUAUUUCUCGAAAGAGGGAGAGAAUGGCCCACAUUGUGCAAUGAAUGAUUCAGCAAACACAUUGCAUGAGAGCCUCCGAAUCCCAUCCAUCUUUCCUUAUGUCUCUCCCACACAUAACACAAGUAUAUACAUAAAUAUAUACAGACACACAUAUAUAUAUAUAUUACACACUUACAUGUGUGUGUGGGGGGGACGUGUAUGUUAGUAUAUAUAUAUUUAUGCCAUGUGUUGGGGUAACACGUCUUAUUCCAUUCUAUUGGUCUAAGAAAUACCACCGAAGAAAAGGAUAGGAGGAGAAAUGGCAAGAACACAUUUGUUCCUUUUCCUACUAGUGCUUUCAUCAUCACGAUUAUCAUCAGCAGCAACAACAGUAUCAUCAUCAUCAUUAUCAAGAGAGCAAGAGGAGGACAGGAUCGAAGCACUUCCAGGGCAACCAAAAGUAGGAUUCUCACAGUUUUCGGGUUAUGUGACAGUGAACGAGUCACACGGCCGGUCACUCUUUUACUGGCUCACUGAGUCAUCUUCUUCCCCUCACACGAAACCACUUCUUCUUUGGCUCAAUGGAGGACCGGGAUGCUCGUCUAUUGCUUAUGGAGCUACGGAGGAAAUUGGACCAUUUCGGAUCAACAGAGGUUCAAAUCUCUAUCUCAACAGUUUUUCUUGGAACAUAGAGGCAAACCUUUUGUUUCUGGAAUCGCCCGUUGGAGUUGGAUUUUCAUACACGAACACAAGCUCUGAUUUCAAAGAGUUCGGAGACGAACGUACAGCUCAGGAAAACCUGAUAUUUCUUAUUAAAUGGAUGUCAAGAUUUCCUCAGUAUCAAUAUAGAGAUUUCUACAUUGCUGGUGAAAGCUACGCUGGGCAUUAUGUUCCUCAGCUUGCCAAAAAGAUCAAUGAGUACAACAAAGCCUUCAAUAAACCAACCAUCAAUAUCAAAGGAUUCAUGGUUGGAAACCCAGACAUGGACAAAAACAACGACAAGUUAGGGACCAUAACAUAUUGGUGGUCUCACGCGAUGAUCUCCGACACAAACUACAACCUCAUCCUCAGAAACUGCAAUUUCACGGCAGACAGUUUCUCCAAAGAGUGCAACUCUUCAAUUUACAAUGCUGCGGCAGACUUUGGUGAAAUCGAUCAGUACAGCAUCUACACACCCAAGUGUGUACGGAUGAAGCAAAUGCGCAAAGCCGUGCUAGCUAGACAGACUACAGAGUAUGACCCUUGUACCGAGAGCUACGCUGAUAUAUACUAUAACCGCCCUGAUGUACAGCGAGCUAUGCAUGCAAACCAGACAGCCAUUCCUUAUAAAUGGACAGCUUGCAGUGACCCUGUGUUUAACAACUGGAAUUGGAGACUGUCUGACAAUUCGAUGUUGCCGAUAUACAAAGAACUCAUGGAGGCUGGUCUAAGGAUAUGGGUCUAUAGCGGUGAUACAGACUCGGUGAUUCCAGUGACAGCGACUCGGUUUUCCAUCAGCAAACUUAAUCUUCCAGUAAAAACUCGCUGGUACCCUUGGUACUCCGGGAACCAGGUAGGAGGAAGAACAGAAGUAUAUGAGGGGCUUACCUUUGUGACGGUAAGAGGAGCGGGCCACGAGGUGCCAUUGUUCAAACCGCAGGGUGCACUAAUUCUUUUAAAAUAUUUCUUGGCUGGCAAAGAGCUACCAAGAUCUUAUUAAGUGGGCAAGCGAAUUGCCCACAUGUGGAUUCCGAAUAAACUUGGUGUUUCUUUUCCCCUUUGUCUGUUUGAAAAUCGAUUGAUUACGAACAAUCCAAAGACAGACGGGCAUUCUUCGUAAGGAAACGAUCCUCAUGUAACUUAAAAAAGAUGUAUGUUGGUAUUUAAGACCAUAAGGACAUCACUAUUUUUAAAGUCUA